GGCGAGUCUCUCUCUCUCUCUUCUCUUUCUCUCUCUAAAAUCAUAUCAAAUCAACCGGAAUAUUCCUUUUUUCUCAGUCGUCGAGAACGAUGCACAACGCCGACUACACCCAACCCCCCUCCUACUACCAGCAGCAGCACUACCCGCAAUCACAUAACCACAAUCCAAACCCUAAUCAGAAUCAGAAUCCGAUCGACUCCCCUUACCCCACGCCACCACCGUCUUACGCAUCCGCGCCGCCGUUCUCCCCCAACAGUUACGUCCAUCCUCCGCCCCCCUCCGCCGAUCACUCCGCCGCGUACCACCACCAGAAUUCCUCUUUCUACCCUUCUUACCCCCAAACUCCCGAUCCUCUCCCCGCGGCGGCGCCGCCGUCGUAUUCACAGCCUCAAUCGUCGUAUGCCUUCCCCCAAUUCGAGUCCCAUGGCUCCUAUCAACCCCCGCCCCCGCCCCAACCUCAAGUACAAGCCCAAUUACCAUCAUACCAUCCGUCUUACGAUCAGCCGGCGCCGCCCAGUUACACCCCAACACCCAAUCCUAAUCCCGUUUCCCCCAAUUCACGUUACCCGUCGAUUCACUCCUCAGCUCAAUACUCUCAAUUGAAUACCCCUCUGUACGAAACCUCGUACGAUAAUCACGACGCGAAUUUAAGCCGUAGCAGGUCAGAUUUGGGCUCAGAAUUGUAUGGCAAACGAGCAGAGAGUGGGUACGCUGGGUACGGGAAUAGAAAUGAUAACCUCUAUGGGGGUAACGAAGGGGUUAUUCCUUACAAGGGGAGUAGUGAGCCGUAUGGAGCUCGAGGAACGGCUGCAAAGUCUUCAACUUGGUCUGGGUUCGAUGAUUUUGGCAGGCCCAUUGGGUAUUCUUCCUCUUCUUCUACGGGGAAAGAUAGAACAUCGAAUUCUGGUUUGAAGGUUGUGAAGGCAGUUCCGAAAGCAGAUACACAGCAGGAUUCGAAGGGCGGGGUUCAGAAGUAUAGGGUGAAGUUGUUGGCAGAAAGUGGUGGACAGAGCACCAUGGACGUCCUUUGCCAGAUUGGCUUAGAUGGAAUUCGUAUGCUGGACCCAAGUACCAGCCGGAUAUUGAGAAUUUAUCUUCUAGACACAGUAACCAGAUGUGAAGCUAUCGAGUCAUCGACAUUUGCUUUCUGGUCAAAAAGUUCUGUGGACAUUGAGCCAAGGCGUAUUAGAUUGCAGUCUAAUAGUUAUACCACCAACACCAUCUUGGACACAGUUACUGCUGCAAUGAUACAGUAUAAGGAGAUGAAUGGAGCAAGCCGUCCUUCUGAAUAUCCUAAGAUUGCUGAACAACCUACCGAGAAGAGGAAAGGUUUUGAUUUGCUGAAUUUGAUAAAGCCUCUUAACGAGGAGAAAGAUCACUGGGUACCUGAUGAAGCAGCAACAAAAUGCACAGCUUGUGGGACAGACUUCAAUGCUUUCGUGCGGAAGCAUCACUGCAGGAACUGUGGAGAUAUUUUUUGUGACAAGUGCACUCAUGGUAGAACUGCUCUUACUGCUGAUGAUAAUGCUCCUGUUGUUAGAGUUUGUGAUCGAUGCUUGGCUGAAGUUACUCGUAGAUUGAGCAAUGCUAGAGAAGUUCCCAGCAGAUCAACGGUUGUUCAAAGUCAUGAGGAUCUUGCCAAGAAACUUCAGGAGGAGAUGGAGAGAAGCUGCAAGGUGUCGUCAGGCUCCAGAUCAGAAGGUUCUGGAAAGAGAAUGAAAGAGGUCGCAUGCCCAACUUGUACAGUCCAUUUACAGGUUCAAGUUCCCAGUUCUGGUUCAGAGACUAUCGAGUGUGGAGUUUGCCAACAUCCUUUUCUUGUUACUAGCCAUUGAAUAACGACACCAGAAUCAAAUAUCGACUUCUUCUUUCUAUGAUAUUCUCGGUGUACUUUAUCAAAUAAGCUUUUCACUUGGAACUCGGGCUUUAAUUUGAUUCUUUUUUUUUUUGGUUUAUUUCUUAUUUUAUUAACGCUGGUUUGCUUUACUUACGUGUACAUCCAGAAUUAUCAAGUUGACCCUCUAAAAUGUAAAUUAAGUCGAUUGAUGUUUGAUUAUUCGUUGUGGAUUUGUAUGUAUAGUAUGUUACUGUAUUUGAUCGUUUUAUUUGGACAAGAAAUCGGGAAGCAGUGAGUGAUUCUUGUUGGCUUAUACAUUGUGAUUCGAGGAACAGUUUAAAUUCAAUCUGCAAUUUGAUUUCGGAUAACCCGCAGAAACA